CCGGACUCCGCCGGACGGAGACGGGGCGGAGAGGUAUAUUCAUGUUAGUGGUCUUGCAACAGUGAUGAUGUUAUAGUCUCCUGGUCUCUAGAGCUAUAUUUGUUGAGAAGACACGGACGGUUGAUAUGUCAGCCUUUCCUUCUGAUACAGGUAGCCGCUGGAUCGAGUAGAAGAGAGGCGGCAUGUACUCGGAGUGGCGGUCGCUGCACCUGGUGGUCCAGGGCGACCAGGGCCACGUGAGCGUCCUGCACACUUACCCCGCGGCGGUGGGGCGGGACGUGGCCAACGCGGUGGUGCGCCCGCUGGGGACCGCCCUCGUGUCCCCGGUGGCCGAGAGCCUGCUCAAAACCGACAAGGAGGUCAAGUGGACGAUGGAAGUUUUGUGCUAUGGCCUCACGCUACCUCUGGAUGGAGACACUGUUAAGCUGUGCGUGGACGUGUACACUGACUGGAUCAUGGCACUGGUGGCUCCAAGAGACUCCAUCCCACAGCCCAUCAUCAAGGAGCCCAACCUCUACGUGCAGACUAUUCUCAAACACCUCCACAACCUCUUCCUGCCCAGGCCCGAACACUACAGCCCCAGCCACUUCCGGCUGUGCCAGCAGGUGCUCACGGCGGUGCAGAAGCUGGCGCGGGAGUCGGCCAGCAUGGUGCGGGAGACCUGGGAGGUCCUGCUGCUCUUCCUGCUGCGGAUCAACGACACGCUGCUGGCUCCGCCCACCGUGGGAGGCGGGAUAGCAGAGAAGCUGGCGGAGAAGCUGAUCAGCGUGCUCUUCGAGGUCUGGUUCCUGGCCUGCACGCGCUGCUUCCCCACCCCGCCUUACUGGAAGACGGCCCGGGAGAUGCUGGCCAACUGGAGACACCACCCCCCGGUGGUGGAGCAGUGGAGCAAGGUCAUCUGCGCUCUGACCUCCAGACUGUUGCGUUUCACCUACGGGCCCGCGUUCCCGCCUUUUAAAGUCCCCGACGAAGACGCCAACCUGAUCCCUGCUGAGAUGGACAACGACUGUGUGGCUCAGACCUGGUUUCGCUUUCUGCACAUGCUGAGCAACCCGGUGGACCUGAGCAACCCGGUGAUCAUCAGCUCCACGCCCAAGUUCCAGGAGCAGCUGCUCGGCGUGAGCGGCGUGCCGCAGGAGGUGGUCCAGCACCCCUGCCUCAAGCAGCUGCCCCAGAUCUUCUUCCGCGCCAUGCGCGGGGUCAGCUGCCUGGUGGACGCCUUCCUGGGUGUUGCAGUCUCAAAGAAAGAGAUACAAGAAAGACUGCCCUCUUAUGGAGUUACAGUGUCUAGGAGCAAUAUUCGUGACAGACUUCCUUCAUUAGGUGUUGCGGUGUCUAAGAACAAUUUUCGGGAAAGGCUACCGUCUUAUGGCAUCUCCCGGCCGAGGUCGGACAGCGCCCCCCCCACCCCCGUGAACAGGCUGAGCAUGCCCCCUCCGCCCACCACCACCAACACCACGCCCCCGCACAGCCGGCGACAUCGCCCCACGGGGGUCACAAAGACGACCAGCAAGGCCUCCACGGGGAGCACGGCUCACCCCCCCAAAGUGUCCCACCAGACUUCCUCCACGUCCCCGCUGUCCAGCCCCAACCAGACCAGCUCGGAGCCCCGCCCACUGCCCGCGCCCACACGGCCCAAGGUCAACAGCGUCCUCAACCUGUUCGGCCAAUGGCUUUUCGACGCGUCGCUGGUGCACUGCAAGCUCCACAACGGGAUAACCCGGGACGGCACCAUGACGGCAGCCCUGGCUACUCAAGCUGGCGUGGAGAUGCGCAGGAGAGGCCCCCAGAUGUCCACCGAGACCAUGGUGUCCAACCCCAUGUUCGACGCCAACGAGUUCCCCGACAACUACGAGGCUGGUCGGGCCGAGGCCUGCGGCACGCUCUGCAGGAUAUUCUGCAGCAAGAAGACCGGCGAGGAGAUCCUGCCCGUCUACCUGUCCAGGUUCUAUAUGGUCCUGAUCCAGGGCCUGCAGAUCUCGGACUACGUCUGCCGACCCGUUCUGGCCAGCAUAAUCCUCAACUCGUCUGCGCUCUUCUGCUCCGACCUGAAGGGCAUCAACGUGGUGGUCCCGUACUUCCUCUCGGCUCUGGAGACCAUUCUCCCUGAUCGGGAACUAUCCAAGUUCAAAACCUACGUCAACCCCACAGACCUGAGGAGGUCAUCCAUUCACAUCCUGCUGUCCAUGCUGCCUCUCCCGCACCACUUCGGACACGUCAAAUCUGAAGUUCUUUUGGAGGGAAAGUUCAGCAACGAUGAGAACUCCCUGCAGGACAAGGCAGUCACCUUCCUCUCCCUGAAGCUGCGAUUGGUCAACGUUCUCAUAGGAGCCCUGCAAACCGAGACCGACCCAGUCAACACUCAGAUGAUUCUCGCUGCGAUGCUCAACAUUGUCCAGGAUUCUGCUCUUUUGGAAUCGAUAGGGGCUCAGGCGGAAAUGGGCAGCGCCGAGGGAAGCCACAUGUCGGUGAAGAGCCACAGCCGGAACAACAGCGGGAUCAGCACCGCCAGCGGGGGGAGCUCUGAAGCCACCACCCCGGACAGCGAGCGACCAGCGCAGGCGCUGUUGCGCGACUACGCUCUUCAUACAGAUACGGCGGCCGGCCUCCUCAUCCGCAGCAUCCACCUGGUCACCCAGAGGCUCAACUCGCAGUGGCGGCCGGACAUGAGCAUCUCGCUGGCCGCCCUGGAGCUGCUGGCCGGCCUGGCCAAGGUGAAGGCGAGCGUGGAGUCGGCGGACAGGAAGCGGGCGGUCAGCUCCAUCUGCGGCUACAUCGUGUACCAGUGCAGCCGCCCCGCCCCGCUGCACUCGCGCGACCUGCACUCCAUGAUCGUGGCGGCCUUCCAGUGCCUCUGCGUGUGGCUGACCGAGCACCCGGACAUGCUCAACGAAAAGGAUUGUCUAAUAGAGGUGCUGGAGAUCGUGGAGCUCGGCAUAUCCGGGAGCAAAUCCAAGGCGAGCGACCAGGAAGUGCGGUACAAGGGUGACAAGGAGCACAACCCCGCCUCCAUGAGGGUGAAGGACGCGGCUGAGGCCACGCUGUCAUGCAUCAUGCAGGUGCUGGGGGCGUUCCCGUCGCCCAGCGGCCCCGCCUCCCCGUGCAGCCUGCUGAACGAGGACACCCUCAUCAAGUACUCCCGGCUGUCCUCCACCAGCAGGAGCAACUUCCGCUACUUCGUCCUGGACAACUCCGUCAUCCUGGCCAUGCUGGAGCAGCCGCUGGGGAACGAGCAGAACCCCUGUCCGUCCGUCACCGUGCUGAUGAGGGGGACGUCCGGCCGGCACGCCUGGACCAUGCAGCUGCACCUGCAGCCCCGAGGAGCGCGAGCGCGCGCCAACCAGAGGGUGUUCGUCCCCGAGAGCCGGCCCACCCCCAGGAACGACGUGGGCAUCCGCUUCAACGUCAAACACAGGCCCUUCCCGGAGGAGGUGGACAAAAUCCCGUUCGUCAAGGCCGACCUGAGCAUUCCGGACCUGCACGACAUUGUGAAUAAGGAGGCUGAACUGGCCGUGCCUCGCACUACGACACUCAAGUACAGUGACCCAGAACUGGAGAUCCAGCACGACAAGCUGCGGAGCGUGAUGGUGAAUCAGAUGGAGUACGAGUCGACCUUGGAGCGCCACAGCGAGGACCUGUGGAGGAACAAGCCCUUCCCAGACCCCCUGGUCGACUGCAAGCCCCCCGCGCCCUCCCAGGAGUUCCAGACCGCCCGCCUCUUCCUGUCCCACUUCGGCUUCCUGUCGCUGGAAGCGCUGAAGGAGCCCGGGAACAGUCGCUUACCUCCUCAUCUAAUUGCACUGGAAUCUGCCUUGCCUGGCUUCUUUGAUGACAUAGGAUACCUGGACCUCCUCCCCUGCCGCCCCUUCGACACUGUAUUUAUAUUCUAUAUGAGGGCAGGCCAGAAAAGCAGCCAAGAGAUCCUGAGGAACGUGGAGUCCUCGGCCAACGUCCAGCACCACUUCCUGGAGUUCCUGCUGUCUCUGGGCUGGCCGGUGGAUGUGGGCCAGCACCCUGGAUGGACCGGCAGCGUCUACACCAGCUGGUCCAUCAACGCCUGCGACGGCGGGGAAGGCCAGCAGCAAGAUGAGACCAUUACACUGGGGGACACUGGUGGCGGCAUCUUCAACGGGGAGAGGAGGGUGCUGUACUACGCUGAUGCUCUGACAGAAAUAGCCUUUGUAGUCCCAUCACUUUUGGACUCUUCUACUGAGUCAUCGGAGAACAGCUUCCCGACAGCGGAGACGGAUUCUCAGAUGGAGCUGUUUCCCGGAUUGCUGAAACAGUCCAAUUUAACACUGGAGCUCUUCCCUAACCACUCUGAUAACCUGGGACCCUCUCAAAGGAGUCCCACGGUGAAGAUGAAGAAGAUGCCUCUGAGCAGAACUGUGCCCCCGCUGGGACCAGAGACCAAAGUGCUGGUGGUUUGGGUCGAGCGCUACGACGAUAUCGAAAACUUCCCUCUUCCGGAACUCCUGGCGGAGACCAGCACUGGAGUGGAGACGGCUGCAAACAGCAGCGCUUCGUACAGGCCCAUGGCGUCGGAGAAGGACGUCCUGGCGAUCUUCAUCCACCCGCUGAAGACGGGCCUGUUCCGCAUCAAGCUGCCCGGGGCCAUGGGGAAGUUCAGCAUGGUCAUCCCCCUGGUGGACGGGAUGGUCGUCAGCCGGAGGGCUUUAGGGUUCCUGGUGAGGCAGACUGUGAUCAACGCCUGCCGGAGGAAGAGGCUGGAGAGCGACUCCUACAACCCGCCGCACGUGCGGCGGAAACAGAAGAUCGCCGAGAUCGUCAACAAGUACCGCAACAAGCAGCUGGAGCCCGAGUUCUACACCUCGCUGUUCCAGGAGGUGGGGGAGGGCAGCCUGAACCCCUGACCGGGGGAGGACUGCGCGGACGCUUCGUAUUUAUGAAAACCGGUCCGUUAUUUACGUCGCCACUCUGCGGCCCGAACACUACAGGCGGGGGGCGGUCCUCGGAAAGAACGGCGAAUUUCCACACUGACACGCAGCCACGGCAACUACCCCCACCCCCCUUACACCCACUCCCCACCCAUUCCCGAGUACCCCUCCCCCUUGACCCCCAGCCCUCAAACACUACAUAGGACCCACGGAAAGACGGACAGACGGGCGCGGCUGCCUCCCCCCCCUGGCCCAGGGCUCGGACAGCCCCACGGUCGGGGGCCGGCGCGCGACAAACCUGUAGGGGAAAGGGGCGCGGCGCGUGGGGCCGGGGGGCUCGUAGCGCGGCUCGUACCGUCCGCACGAGCAGCCGUUAGGCACGGAGCCUCGCGUUGGACGAGAGGCGGAACCUCGUUUUCCCAAAGAAUGCAAUACUGUCCUUUCACCAUCGUCACACCUGACUGUACUUUGUUUUUGGUUUUUGACACUGCUGUAAUUUUCCUUUCCUUCACAUUUUUGUCAGAAUUUUAGGCCUGGAAUGAAACGAGAAUGAAUGACAGAAUGCAUUUGAAAUGCCAAAAGUAGUACUUCUGCGAUUUAACACUAUACUGGUAUAGGGUGACAAAUUUAGCCUUGACCGUUAUUUGUGCUAAUGAGUGUAUAAGCAAGUUCUCAGUUGCUAAAAUGUAUUUUAUAAAUUAAGUCUUUUGAGUGAUUUCUCCCCACACAAAUGACACAAGCAGAGCAAUCUACUCUUGUCUGUAACAUAAAGGUUUAUUUUAAUCUCAGGUAGUUUAUACCAUAUUGGAUAUGCAGUCAUCUGGUCAUGUAUUUAAUGCACUUCAACCAACUGACCUCAGUUAAGACAUCAAUCACACGGUUUGGGCGUUGAUAAGCAUACAUUUUGUUCCUUCUUAAUUUUAAAAAAGAAAAACAAAAGUAAUUCAUUUUUGAUGAACAAAGAUUAGAAUCCAUUAACUUUAAAAAGCGUGAUUUGUUUUUUAACAGUCUUGGAAAGGCCUUGUCUGACCAUAACACAAAUCUUAACACUAUUCCCCCAUGUAACCAGUAUGUAAACUUGUACUUCCUUGGAGUAUCAAAACAUCCAAUCAGCAGGGACUGCUUCUGCCAGAGUUCUCAUUUUUGGCGAUAUCAGUGUGAAAAAUUGCUAAUUAAGCUACUCAAGUCUUCCUUAUAAUUCAUUGCUGGUUGUAGCAAGUCUGACACAGUUGAAACGUGAGCUACAUUUUGAUUGGAGCAGUGAAGGCCUGUUGUAAUUGUAAUUGUUUUAUAUAUAGAGGCCCACUUCUGGAGUUCUUUUUUUUCCUUUCUCAUUAUUUCUAAAGGAAGUGCCCACCUCUUCCUUUGCUAUUUAUGUAUAGCUCAAAGUGUAGGGGUAAUCUGAUAGACCAGUGCUUCUCUUCCGGUGUCUAUUGUUGUGUAGGCUUUCCUGUCUGGGUAGAAAGAGAGAACGGCUACUCGCUGUUAGUUUGUCGGUGUUGCCUAGCCACAUGGACACUCUCCCAAAAAAGAUAGCAGUCUGUUCAGUGUGUAACCCAGCCGGACCACACGGGGGCGGCAGUGUGCUUGCAGGACUUCAAAACAUUAUUUUACUUCAGACUGUCUGCAGUUAGGUCCAGGCUGUGCCAAGGAUUUUGACCAUUAUAAGGGCUUGAGACAUGUUUUCCCUUUGGAGUUGUAUGACGACCCUUCGCCACCACGUCAUUGUUGAAUACAUUUUAUUUACUGCUGGACGACAUAAACAUUUCUUUAUUGGCGAAAUUAUCAUCUACUUUUGAUCUGAUUCAGGUUUGAUCUACUUUUUAAAAAUUAUUAUUAUUAUUAUUAUUAUUAUUCCUGCCUUAGUAGUGUGUCUAAAAUCAAUAUCAUUAAUCCCAAUAAUUUAAAAAACUGACCUCUGACUUCACUCCAAAUUGAUUAGUCAUCCUUCGAUCAGCGUGGCCCAAUGCAGAUAGGUCUUUGUUUUUCUUCAGUUGCAGAUGUCUAAUGUUGUUUAUUUUAAAGUUUCAGUUCUUGUGUUUGACCGGCCUGGUGUUAGAUAACCCAAGCACCACUGUUCCAAACAAAAGGUUGAGUUCAGCCAGAAGGAAAAAAACCAAUGAAUGAAGUUUGAGGCUCUGUUCCGGAGUUUUCUUUCUCCUCGCUGAUGAUAAAGUCUUUGAAGAAACGGAAUGUGUUCCAUGUUGCUGUUGCACGUGGCCUCUUGAAAAAUCACUGAAAAGGUCUGAUAUCAAAGCCAUCGUGUGCUGCGUAUAUGAUGUACAAUCUCAAUUUCAACACAUUGCCUAAACUUGAUUGCCUAUUUUAAUUUUUUGUUUUGUUUUGAGUCCCUGUUCCUAUAUAAUGGCAUUUGUUCUCUGUAAAUAUUGCAGGCUUUAACUCGAGAUGUAUUUAGUUGGAGGAAUAUAUGUAAAUAUGAAAGUGUGAAGUAUAUUUCAUUUGUCUGUUCUCUUUAUUCAUUAGGAAAGGCACAAAAUGCUUGUUUGUAUUUAUGCCAAUUAUAUAUGUGUCCAAGAGAAACACAUUGGAUAUUGAAUGUAACACAUAUACUGAAUAAAAAUUUUAAAGAACUUCUUAUCAUA